AUGACGAAACAUCAGUCCCCACGGUCUGUGUGCAGUGAGAGUUGCCCCCCGGGCACCAGGCGAGCCAGAAGGAAGGGCCUUCCUGCCUGCUGUUUUGACUGCCUGCCAUGUGCAGAUGGAGAGAUUUCUAAUAUAUCAGGUGGAAAGAAUUCCAUUGAGUGCAUAGUUUGUCCAGAUGAGUUCUGGUCUAAUACAGAUAAAAAUCAGUGUGUCCCCAAAGAAGUGGAGUUUCUAUCCUAUGAGGAACCUCUUGGCAUUUCCCUGAGCACUGCCUCCUUGCUUGGCACCUGCAUCUGUUCUGCAGUGGUUGUCAUCUUUGCACAUUACCGCCACACUCCAGUUGUGCGAGCUAACAAUUCAGAGCUCAGCUUCUUGCUGCUGGUGUCACUCAAACUGUGUUUUUUGUGUGUGCUGCUUUUCAUUGGCCGGCCGCAGUUGUGGACGUGUCAGUUGAGACAUGCUGUGUUUGGCAUAAGCUUUGUCCUGUGCAUCUCCAGCAUCCUGGUCAAGACUAUGGUGGUAAUAGCUGUGUUUAAGUCAUCUCGACCAGAGGGUAAAAGUGCUAUGAAAUGGUUUGGAGCAGCUCAACAAAGAUGCACAGUUCUGGUCCUAACAGCCCUCCAGGUUGUCAUAUGUGCAGUCUGGCUAUCAAAUGCAUCUCCAAAACCCCAUAAAAACAGCCAGUAUGUCAAUUCCAAAAUAGUAUAUGAAUGUACUAUUGGCUCAGUGGUUGGUUUUUCCAUGCUACUCAGCUAUAUUGGCCUUUUAGCAGCAGUAAGUUUUCUGUUAGCCUUCCUGGCAAGAAACCUUCCAGACAAUUUUAAUGAAGCAAAGUUCAUCACUUUUAGUAUGCUAAUCUUCUGUGCUGUGUGGAUAGCAUUUGUUCCAGCAUAUGUGAGCUCUCCAGGGAAAUAUGCAGUAGCUGUGGAGAUAUUUGCCAUCCUGGCUUCAAGUUUUGGAUUACUGAUCUCCAUAUUUGCUCCAAAGUGCUACAUUAUUAUAUUACACCCAGAAAGAAACACUAAAAAGGCCCUCAUGGGAAGAGCAACCUGA